AUGCAUUUGGCUUGUCAAAAAAAUUUGGAAACACCAAAACUCAGUGGUAAUGGCGGAUUAGGAUCUUUUCUGCCAUUACCACUGAGUUUUGAUGUUGCCAAAUUUUUUUUGACAAGCCAAAUGCAUCAUCGCAAAAGAACAAUUUGUUUUAUUGCAUUUGGCUUGCCCAAAAAAUUUGGAAACACCAAAACUCAGUGGUAA